AUGGAUUUCGAUAAACUUUAUAUAAAAAUCAAAAAUUACCCAUCAUAAUGGAAAUAGAAAGAGGUUGAAACAUGGUUGGCAGUGGCUGAACUAUAAGAAUUUUAAUUUAAAUUUAUUUCAAAUUAAAUAGAUGGUGCAAUUUUAAUGAAUCUAGAAGAAGAUGAUUUAAUUAAUAUAGGAAUUAAUGAGAAAUCAGAAAAAUUUCCAAAUUUACUUCAAUGUAGAAAUUGUAUAAUACAUAGGGAUAAAAUAGGGAUUAAAAGAUUAUUCAUAUUAUUUAAAGGAAAAACUAAAUUAAGAGUAUACUAUUUAAGGAACGAAUGAAAUUGAUUUGAGUCUAACAAGAAAUUAACGUUCUUCAUUGAUAUCUUCAUAUAAUUAUGAGAAAACUAUUUAGAAAGUUGUUACUUUUUAUGAAGAUGAAGGGACAAAGACUUAGAUUGAUAAAUAUAAAUACGUGAAUGGAAAAUAAGAAGGAAAUUCAAUAGGGUUGAUUUUGAUUUAAUAUUCAGAACCUCCAAAAUAAUAUAACUUUUUGAAUUAAGAAAUAACAAUAGGAAGAAGUUAUGAUAAUACAAUAGUUUAAAGUGAAGACUAUGUAAGUAGAUAUCAUUGUAAAAUAACAUGGAAUUCAAAUAAUCAAAAUUAUUGUUUGUAAGAUUUAGGUUCGACAUCAGGAACAUAUAUUUUAUUAAUAUAUCCAAUCUUAUUAUAAGAAUAAUUUAUUCUAUAAAUGGGAUCUGCUUAAUAUAGAGUAGAGAAAUUAGAUAUAUAAGGAAUUAAAUGCUCAGUAUAGAUGAAAAUAGUUGAAGGGAAUAGAUUAGGUUUUACUUUUUGUUUUGAAUUAAUAAAAAAUUAGAAUUGUUUAAUCUUUGGAAGAAAUUAAUAAUUAUUUGCUGAGGAUCCUGUAAUUAUUUGAGUUUCAUGUAUAUAGAAUCUAAGUAACAUACAUGCUUAAUUUUAAUAUACCGAUGAUGGUCUAAUAAUAGAAGAUCAAGGAAGUAGAAAUGGUACUUGGCUUAGACUUAGUGUACCAUAAUAGAUAAGUGAGUAAAUAAAAUUGAUUAAUGGAAGAAAAUUUAGAUUAGGAUAUGAGAAGGUUUUUGAAUGCAUAGUUGAUUAGGUUUGA